GUAUUUUGGCGGGAAAGAAGAAGAAAGGAAAAAAAAAGCAAAGAAGACGAUGAGCUCGUCGGCGAUUGACUCAGAGUCACCGGAUCUGGUGUGCCAACUGGACAACGUCCAAGGCAUGGUUGAUGCCCUCACCUCUGUCCGCUGGAAACGCCAUCAGGACGCAGUUGUGGAACUAUCGGAGCACGGCAUCGUCCUGAUCGUCGAAGAUACCGGUUGUCUCCAAGCCAAAGUUUAUCUCCAGCGCGAGCUUUUUGUUAGUUACGAGUAUAGUGCACAAGGACGGCCUCGAUUUGGAGUAAGCUUGGGCCUUUUUGUUGACUGUCUCAACACAUUUUCUGUUCCUGAACAUUCUAACACCAUUGAAAUCCGGUACCCGGGGCCUGACAUGCAGCUUCUUCUCACAUCUGUUGAUUCUUUAGAUGCUUGCAUUUAUGCUGAGAUCAGAACAAGGAUCCCAGACACAAUUUCAUGGGAUUACAACUUUGAACCUGCAGGAAGCACCCCUCUCAGUUUCACUGUUAAGUCUGCAGCUCUGAAGGAAGCUAUUGACGAUCUUGAGUGGCCAGGAUCAAGCAUCCAGAUAAUCCUACAACCAGUUCCCCCAUCUGUUACCUUUAGGGGCGAAGGCCAUGGAGACUUACAGAUAGACUUCAUGUAUUAUGCGAACACUGAACUUUUGAUUGCAUUCCAUUGUGAUCGCCGGGUCUCUUACAGGUACAAAUACAAGUUCCUCCGGGCAACAACUUCGAACAUACCUGCCAGUGUCAUCAAAGAUAAUAGAGGAAGCAAGUUGACCAUUGGGAGAGGUGGAAUGUUAAAAGUUCAACAUCUAGUUUCUGUUGCAAGACCGUCUACUUCACAUCCUCAUAUUGAUUCUGCCGGCUAUCAACUGCCCAGCCGUAUUGCUUAUAUUGAGUUCUUUGUCAAACCAGAGGUCGAUGAAGACACUGUAAAUGAUUCAUAGAUAUGGGGGUGUUUUGUUGCAUGCUUUGAGACUGCCUGUGCUUUUUCAGUUUGUGGACUUGCCUAAGGUUG